ACUGUUUCUUUCUUCCUCCAUCAGAGCUUGAAAAAAUAUAAUUAAGAAUUCCACCACACUCCUAUGAAAACAACACAACUACCAAAUUCAAUUCAUCAUCAAUCAAAUGUAUAAUCGAAGUCAUCACCUUCCUUCAAAUUCAAUCUAACCACCAUUCAUUUGUUACCCUCUCACUUUCUUCCUUCAUCAAAACCUAAAACCCUAGAAAACUCCACCACAAACACAAAACAGAAAACUCUCUCUAUCUCUCUCAUUACAACAUAAACUCAAAAACUGAGAUUCUUACUUAGUUUUUUGCAGAAUUGAGAGAGAUAGAAGAGGAAAUGAAGAUGUCUGUAUUACAAAACAGCAGAAGAACUAAUACUAAUAAUAGUUUCAGAGGUACAACAAUUCCAUUAGAUACUAUUGCUUCUAUUGAUCCUAAUUCGAAAUCAUUUUCAACUCUUUUUUGGUUGGUUUUUCAUUGUGUUUGUUGUUUAAUUAGUCUCAUUUUAGGGUUUAGAUUUUCUCGGCUUCUGCUUUAUCUUCUCAUUUCUACUACUUCAUCAACUUCGUACACAUCAACCAUUACUGGAACCAAUGUUGUUCAAGAUCAAUCCCUAGGUUUUGAUAAACCCCUUACUUCCAUUCCGAAUCUUGAAAAUCGUACUAGUAAUAGCCGUGUUGUUGUGGGUAGACAUGGGAUUUUGAUACGCUCAUGGCCACAUCCAAAUCCUAGUGAAGUGCUGAAAGCUCAUCAGAUAAUUGAUAGAGUUCAGAAAGAGCAGAGAAUUCAAUAUGGGUUGAUUAAAAACCCUAAGACUUUGAUUGUGAUUACUCCUACUUAUGUUCGUACAUUUCAAACUCUUCAUCUUACCGGUUUAAUUCAUUCGUUAAUGCUCGUUCCGUAUGACAUUAUAUGGAUCGUUGUUGAAGCUGGUGGUACUUCAAAUGAAACUGCUAAUCUUUUAGCCAAUUCUGGUCUUCGUACUGUUCAUAUUGGUUUCGAAGAAAAAAUGCCUACUUCUUGGGAGGAUCGUCAUCAGGUUGAAGCUCGUAUGCGUCUACGCGCGUUGAGAGUUGUGAGGGAGGAAAGGUUGGAUGGAAUCGUGAUGUUUGCUGAUGAUAGUAAUAUGCAUAGUAUGGAGCUGUUUGAUGAGAUUCAGUCCGUUAAGUGGGUUGGUGCUAUUUCAAUUGGUAUAUUAGUUCAUUCUGGGAGUACAGAUGAUCAAUUUUCUAUCUCUAAAAAACAAGAGAAUGAGGAGAACUUGUCGAUGCCUGUUCAGGGUCCGGCUUGCAAUUCAUCCGGGAAUUUAGCUGGGUGGCAUACUUUUAGUGCGUUGCCUUAUGUGGAUAAGAGUGGGACUUAUGUUGGUGAUGGGGCAAUGGUGUUGCCGAAAAAGUUGGAAUGGUCGGGAUUUGUAUUAAAUUCUAGGUUAGUUUGGCAAGAAGUUGAAGAUAGGCCAGAAUGGGUCCAUGAUCUCGAUACAUUGGCUGAAGAUGGUGACAUUCUUGAUAGUCCACUUUCGCUUUUGAAAGAUGCUUCUUUUGUUGAGCCUCUUGGUAAUUGUGGACGUAAAAUUAUGCUUUGGUGGCUCCGUGUUGAAGCACGUGGAGAUAGCAAAUUCCCUCCCAGAUGGAUAAUUGACCCUCCUCUGGAAGUUACUGCCCCUGCAAAACGUACACCAUGGCCAGAUGCUCCCCCAGAAAUCCCAACCGAGGAGAGAGUAUUGAUAUUCAAUGGCAUUGAAGGACGCAUGACAGACAGGCUGCCAACUAAAAUAAGUCGGGUAUCCAGGUCGAGACACAGUUCUUCACGAAACAAGAGGAAGCGUGAACCAACAAGGAUACUAGAGACUCCAAAUUCAGCACAAAGUGCCAAUCAAUAAGUGAAAUGCAUCAUUGUAUACUUUUCUUCCUGGUGUUCCUCCUGGUGUUUUUACAUCUGUGGAAAAAAAAAGGGUGAUAUAUGUCUGUUUGCGGCAGUCGGAGCCGUCUCAUGGACCACGCCAGCUAGGCUAUCGCCUAGAGCCUCACAUUGUAAGGGCCCAACAUUUUAAUUUUUCUUACAACUUGAUUUUUCAGUGCUAAUACAUAGUGGUUGAUAGUCAUACUAUCUAGUUGUAAUUGAAUGCGGUUUGUUUUGUGAGUACAUCAUACUGCUUUCAAUCGCAUUUAGCCAUCUACUUUUGUACCGUUUAUAGCAUUAGAAUUCACUGUGUUAAGCAAUUCUUUUCAAAAU